AUGGCACUUACGCAUAUUCAUCUCGCUAUUUUCGUUAUAAUAUCAAAAUCCGUUUCAAACUAUGCAGCAGUAAAUAUCUCAAGCGGCACACCACCUGUGGUAAAACCUAUAUUAAAUACAAAACGGCGAAAUGACAUCGUCGAUGAAGCGUUUAUGGAGCAAAAAGACGUUUUGUUAGAUAUGUUGGAAACAAAAUUAAAAGAAGUACGUGAUAAGAAAAAGAAAAAGGGGGAUCGGAGUGAUAUUUUGAACAUCAAUAAUUUCUCGAAUUAUAACGGAGAUAGUGUUAAAUGUGAGCCUCUGCCUAAAAAUGUUGAUUUGAAAGUAAAUGCGCAUGGAAUAAGUGCAAUUGGUGAAACGGACGUCAAACUUAAAUUUGGAGAGACUGGUAAUGGUACUCUCAACCUAGAUGCCACAGGUAUAUCUAAUAUUGGUCAAACUCACGUAGAUUUAGGUGUUGGUGACGGAAGUGUUCAUAUACCUGGAUUAAAUAAUAUUUUUGUUGGUCCUCCCUUUCAAAGAAAGGCGUGUGAAUUGAUAAAUCAAACAACUACUGUUUCAUCAGAUACAAGUUCAAAUCCUGUUGUUAUUGAUCUAAAAGACGGCGACGGCAGAAGAAUGAAUAACGAUAAAUUUAACAAUACGGUAACAUUAGAGUCCAAUAGUACCACUACUACUACUACUACUACAGAUAGUAGUUUACAUGCAAAUAGUACUGAAAAACUACCUCUAAAUAAUAAACAAAAUAAUGAUACUGGUAACGCUGUAACACCUAAUUAG